GCUGCUUGACUUGGAGCACAGUGUGAACAGGCUCUGCCUCCCUCCCCCGCCCUGCCCGCACUCACUCACAGGCACAGCAUUGGUUUGUUGACAAAGUGGAUGAAUGAGUGGAUGAGCUCCAGCCCCGGCUAUGGCAGUACCCAGCACUGAGAGAUCAGGACAGCAGUAAUAGGCAGCACUGGACUCAGUCAACAAGCAAGGACCCUAACUGACUGACAGUGGAUCUAUAAGGCGUGACAGCUCCAAGUACUAUCCACAGCGCACACCUUCUUGAGGAGACUGCUGCCUUCCCUACACCUGGAGGAGACUGCUGCCUGCCCUACACCUGGAGAAGACUGCUGCCUGCCCUAUACCUGGAGGAGACUGCUGCCUGCCCUACACCUGGAGGAGACUGCUGCCUGCCCUAGACCUGGAGGAGACUGCUGCCUGCCCUAGACCUGGAGGAGACUGCUGCCUGCCCUAGACCUGGAGGAGACUGCUGCCUGCCCUAGACUUGGAGGAGACUGCUGCCUGCCAUAGACCUGUCUACAGGCAACUUUUAUCUUCAGGGUCUCACUUCUGUAUCUACUGAUAUAACAGACAGGCAAUUCCCUAGAAGAGGUGCCAGAUACAACACCAUGAAAAAGAAGUGUCACGAAUGUCACAGCAGAUGGCUUACACCACAGAAUAUCUCUACAAUGCUAUCACUGUUUUUUCUAAUUUUUCUGCCAAAAUCUGACAGCAUGAAACAGAAUAUUCCCCGGCUUAAGCUUUUCUACAAAGACCUACUUCUGUCUAACAGCUGUAUCCCGUUUCUGGAGCCAUCGUCUGAGAGCUUGGGUUUUCAGACCCUGCUGCUUGAUGAAGAGAGGAGCCGACUGUUCGUUGGAGCUAAAGAUUACAUCUAUAUGCUUAAUCUCGUGGACAUAAACAAAAAUAUAAGAAAGAUUCACUGGCCUGCAACUCAAGACAGAGAAGACUUUUGUAAACUUGCUGGGAAGGAUGAAAAUGAAGAAUGUGCAAAUUUCAUUAAGGUCCUUCAUCACUACAACAAAACCCAUAUUUAUACUUGUGGAACUGGAGCCUUUCACCCUCUCUGUGGAUACAUUGAACUUGGAAGCAACAAAGAGGAAAUAGUAUUUAAGCUUGAUACACAAAACCUGGAGUCGGGAAGGUUGAAAUGCCCCUUUGAUCCUCAUCCGCCUUUUGCUUCCAUAAUGACAGAUAAAUAUCUCUUUGCUGGGACUGCUUCAGAUUUUCUUGGAAAGGAGACAACAUUUACUCGUUCACUUGGACCACCCAAUGACCACCACUUCAUUAGAACAGAUAUCUCUGAUCAUUACUGGCUCAAUGGUGCAAAAUUUUUUGGUGCUUAUUCCAUACCAGACACAUAUAAUCCAGAUGAUGACAAGAUUUACUUUUUCUUCCGAGAAGCAUCCCCAGAAGGCAGCGGCUCUGAAAAGACAAUAUACUCUCGAGUCGGGAGAGUCUGUAAGAAUGAUAUUGGAGGCCAGCGCAGUUUAAUAAAUAAAUGGACGACUUUUCUGAAGGCACGUUUGGUGUGCUCCAUACCUGGUCCAGAUGGGGGUGAUACAUUCUUUGAUGAACUGCAGGAUGUAUUUUUACUUCCAACCAAGGAUGAACGGAACCCUAUGGUGUAUGGAAUCUUCACUACAACAAGCUCUAUAUUUAAAGCAUCUGCUGUAUGUGUCUACAGCAUGGCAGAUAUAAGAGGAGUGUUUAAUGGUCCUUAUGCUCAUAAAGAAAGUCCAGAUCACAAGUGGGUUCAAUAUGAUGGAAGAAUCCCCUAUCCACGCCCUGGAACAUGUCCAAGCAACACGUAUGACCCACAGCUAAAAUCUACCAAAGACUUUCCGGAUGAUGUUGUUAGCUUUGUAAAGAACCACCCUCUUAUGUACAAGUCAGUGUACCCUCUUCACGGGAAACCGGUGUUCACCCGACUCAAUGUGGACUACAAGCUAACUCAGAUUGCUGUUGACCACGUGAUAGCAGAAGACGGCCAGUAUGAUGUCAUGUUUCUUGGGACAGAUGUGGGGACAGUUCUCAAAGUCAUCAGUGUUGCCAAAGGCAUCUGGAAUAUGGAAGAAGUUCUGCUAGAGGAGCUGCAGGUAUUUAAGAACCCAACACCGAUUACUAACAUAGAACUAUCCAUCAAGCAGCACCAGCUUUUUAUUACAUCCCAUGAUGGUCUAGUCCAGCUGUCGCCGCAUAGAUGUGAUACUUAUGGAAAAGCUUGUACAGACUGCUGUCUGGCUAGAGACCCAUAUUGUGCAUGGGAUGGAAACGCUUGCUCGAGAUACAUACCAACAUUGAAAAGGCGUUCAAGAAGACAAGAUGUGAAAAACGGGGAUCCUCUUACACAGUGCUGGGAUGUGGAUGAGAAGACUACAAAUGAAGCUCCUGAGGAAAAAGUAAUAUUUGGCGUUGAGAUGAAUUCUACUUUCCUUGAAUGUGUUCCUAAGUCACAGCAAGCAUCUAUAAGAUGGUUUAUUCAGCACACAGGGGAGGAACGCCCGGAAGAGAUAACUUCUGAUGAAAGAGUCAUCAAAACUGAAUAUGGGCUUUUGAUCCGCAGCCUACAGAAGAAGGAUUCGGGGAUAUAUUAUUGUAAAGCACAAGAACAUACAUUCAUUCACACCUUGGUUAAACUCAAUGUAAAAGUGAUAGAAAACGAGCAAAUGGAACAAACACAGAAGAUGGAAGAGGAUGAGGCUAGAGGCCGAGAGUUAAUGACAGAGUCAAGACUGAGAUACAAGGAUUAUUUGCAGAUUCUAAGCAGCCCUGGCUUCAGCAUGGAUGAGUACUGUGAGCAGAUGUGGCAUAAGGAAAAGAAAAGGCAACGCAAUAAAGGCGGACCUAAGUGGAAACAUGUCCAAGAGAUCAAAAAGAGCAGGAACAGGAGACACCAUGAACAAAGGGAGAAGCAUGCUAGAAUUUUAUCUGCAUAGACUGAGCUCCAUGUUCCAUGGACAUUUUCAUAUUAUUCCGUUGUGUACAUUUCUUGUAGUAAUAUUCCUUUUUUUUCAACUGGGAAGUACUGAUGCAUACAAGACAAUGUAGUACCAAGAAUAUCCUAGAGAAGUGAAGUCCCUUCACGUUCUGUAUUACAGCUUUCAGAGAAUAGACUGGGUUAAGGGGUAUAGACUUCUUUGUGUAGUGUUUUUGUAUGUAGCUUCAUCUUCUGGGUUAAGUUAAUAAUGACUGGUCGUUCAGGCUUUUAUUUAUUAAACUAUGUUAUUAAGGUGUUCCAUUCUCUCCCUUUUUGUAAGUUGUAAGUUAAUAUUGGGAUGUUUUAAGUAAAAUGUUUACUUUUUUUAAUGUUUAGUUUUUAUUCUACUAUUAAGUAUGGUAUUUUUUUAAGACAGCCUGAUUAUGAGAUGUUUGUUUCACAGUUAAAUGUUAAUAAUAGAGGUGAAAAAAAGUGUACAAAAUAAAGAAAUAACGCAAAGCAGGGUGAACGCAGUGCCCAGUAUUCCACUAAUGGUUUAACAUUAGUAUUUGGUAAUUCCAUGGACCUAAUUAUCACCUGCUUUGAUAGCAUUCAUUUUUUUACAGAUAGUAAAAGAAGGUUUACAAACUCCAUUGAAUUCUCUUAUAUCAGGAAAAUACGCACAAUCAAAUAAAAAUACUGGUUGAA